AUCUCUGGAUGAGUAACUCUUACAAACUGUGACCGACGAAGACUCUUACAAACUCUGACCGACGAAGCGAUUACGACUCAGUUCCCUAGCAGGUCCUCCCAUCCCACUACACAGGACUCAAAUCGCGGAGACUCAACAAGCACCCACCCACUGGAUAUUUAUAUUGAGGCCAACUCGAUAAGCUAACCAAAUCAUCUUUGAAUCAGUUGUUUGAGGAACUCUUUGGUCACCCUUAAGACCGGUGAUGGGAAUGGACAGUGGUCUGCCCACUCCCCAUGUGAGCAGUUGUUGUAUGCGCAGUCCCUCAACUCCAAAGUUAACCGCUAACAACAGUGUUAUGACAAUGCCUAUUUUGAAUAUCGACAACAAACCUUGCAGUGAGUGCGCUGGUUGCCGCGGUCGCAUCACGGACCGGUACUACCUCCUUGCCGCCGACAAACAGUGGCAUACGGAAUGCUUACGGUGCACAGAGUGUAAACUAAGGCUAGACGACCAACUCACCUGUUUUGCGCGUGACGGCAACAUAUAUUGUAAAGAAGAUUAUUACAGGAGAUUUUCUUCGAAGAGGUGCAGCCGAUGUAAUAUGGGGAUACCGUCGGGCGAAAUGGUGAUGCGGGCCCGUGACCUUGUCUACCACUUAGCCUGUUUCUCAUGUGCUUUAUGCAAUAGGACGCUGACAACCGGUGAACAUUUCGGCAUGAAAGACUGCCUAGUAUACUGUCGAAUGCAUUAUGAAACUAUGCUUCACGGAGAACGAACCCUAGGGUUGAUCCCCUAUACAAAUGACCCUCUCCCGAACCAUUCCACGAACACUUUAUCGCCGUAUUACAAUGGAAUGGGACCAGUGCAUAAAGGGCGACCCCGGAAAAGAAAGGGCAUGGAUACAACUCUAGAUUACCAUCAAGGUUUUGAUCUUGAAAAUGGAAUGGAUAGAGAUGGAUAUGGUCAACAGUCAAGGACAAAGCGCAUGCGCACAUCCUUCAAACACCAUCAACUUCGAACAAUGAAGUCGUACUUUACACUGAACCACAAUCCGGAUGCAAAAGAUUUAAAACAGCUUGCACAGAAGACGGGGUUAACGAAAAGAGUUUUACAGGUUUGGUUUCAAAAUGCAAGAGCUAAAUAUAGGCGGACGAUGUUGAAAAAAGACGACGGUAAAGGUGGCACUGAUUCCAGCAACAUCGAAGACGAUAACGACAAGAAUUGCACGACGGACAUUGAAGCCGACUCGCCUGACCAGACGCACGAAAACCAUUCUAAUAUUGACGAAGAGGAAGAACAUGUAGAGCACGAUGAUGAGGACGAUAACGACAGCCAUGGGAGUACGUCAUACAUCGACAUGGAUGGUCCGCCCUCAUCGGGCGCAAGUGAUCGCACAUCAAGUAUUCCUCCGCUUACCGAAUUACAGAGCACACUAGACGACCACAUUUCCACCAGUUUUACGACGCUAUUUAACUAACAAAACAAUAUUUUUACAACAAAAAUAUAAAUUUCUUGAUAUCUUACUUAGCCGAGUAAUGUGAGCUGAGCAUGAUUAUGAUUAUGACGUAUAUCAAGAUACUCUGCUAGUUAUUUGCCUUCUUCUAUAGACUUUAAUGCUUGUCAAAUUAAACAAUUGAUUUCAACUUAACUUAAAAUUGUUAAAGCACCUUGUACUCAUGGAGCAAGUUUUAUGGUUAGUUUCCGUCUGUACCUUGAAUAUUAUCUUUAAAAACAAUGUAUUUAUUACUGGAAUUCUUCCAGAUAAUUGUCUUAUUUGUGUAUUUGUUACUUGUUAUUUGUGUAUUGGUUACUUAUUUGUUUUUGUGUUACAGUGACCAAGUCAUCAUCUGGUUCGUCGUAAAGAGACAUGGUGUAAUUUUGUUAUCACAAAAGUUAUUGGCGAUUUAGUAUUUACAAUGGACCGUUUCACAAAGCUGUUCCCCUUGAAUGUUUUGUAAGGUCCCACUAAACGACGGCCGUAACCUACAGUUGAAAACUUGUGUUCCUCCAUGAAACAUGCACGUACUUCUGACCUUUCGUAUUUAAUAGAAAGUUCAGAGUGAUCAGUAGUUAAAUUUCUCAAGUGAAUUUCAAUUGCUUAUCCGUGAUCGUAUGUCUGUUUAUUUGUUUAGACCUAUAUGAACCAAUUAGCAUAAAUCAAAUUAAAAAAAAGAAAAACAUAUUGAAAAACAAACUAUGACCUUGGUAGAAAGAACUUUACGGUAAUUAUAUAUUUAAAAUUUCAAACAAUUCAAUGCGCUCAUUAACUGAAACAAGUAUAAAAAAUAUUCUUAUUCACAGUAUAUAAAAUGUAUCAAUGUAUGCCUUGUUGUUUUUUGUUUAUACGAAUGGGCCUAUAUGAUAUUCAUGUAAACAGCAAUACAAUUUAAAGUUUCUAAAAAUGAUAGGCCUAGUGUUCGUUAGGUCAUUACACAUUUAACCCUUGUGUUAAACUUACGAAACACCAUUGAUUAACGCAUUAUCCCACCAACGUAAGAUAUAGAAUUUACUUAUGUAAUACAAACGUAAAAAUAAAAAUGAUACCUCAAAUUCACAAUGCUUCUGAAAGUCAUUAACUGAUGUAGAGAUUACAUGCCUUGUAUUUGUUUUCACUAGUAUCUGAACUGUGCCUUUUUAAAACAACAAAAAACAAUGCUUUACCAAAGAUUGAAAGCCAUGGCUGGGACUGUCACAGUAUUUAACCCCGUACCAAAGAUCAUGCUCUGUACAAUUUUACAAAUUCGUAGGCCAAUACAUAACACAACUACUUUAAUGAUAAGAUUAUCUUGAUACCGUGGAUUGAGUGAACGAAAUGAAACAUCAUCAUUAAAAAAUUGUAUAUUAAAUAAACAUAAACAACAACGACUAUUUGUUCUUAAAAUAUUUCUAUUUUAAUAUUUUUUUCUGGAUAACAAACUAUGUUCGAAUGUGAGGAAUGGGAAACUCGCUAACAACGAGUAAAUUUGUUAAAUAAUGCAACAACAAGUUAAGUUCAAUUUAAUCAUCUCGCAUCCCGUCAUUGAUGAAAUGGUUUCAAAUUUCUAAAUUUCUAAAUAUUUACUUAUAACGCUGUUUUAUCAGUUGUCUUGCUGCAUCAGAGUCAAAUUAGGGUUACUGUUUUCAGUAUAUGAAAGUAGUAUUUCUCCUAAAUCUCAGGCCUCUUCACAGACCAUUGAUAAUCGUCGUGUUUAUUUAUUAUUUUUUAUAAGUUUUAAAUUUCCGACUCAUUAUGUAACUGAAGGAACACACUUUUAGGUUUUAACUGUGAAAAAUCUAUGUUAAGUGAGUGGAUUUAUGUUGGAAAUAAAAACAUACAUUGUUUGUAUACCUUGUAAAUUACUAAGCAAUAAAUAUAAUAGAUUUAGAUUAUUAUGUAUACAUGUAAAUUGUAAUAUUUAACUUUUUUAUUUCUCUUGUAAAAGUUUUUUUUGACCAAUGAAAAUUGUUAUUUUGUGUGACGAUGGAAUAAAGUAAAAACUGAAUUUAAA